AUGGCGAUCUUUAACCACUUGUUGCUUGUUUUGUCUUUGGCGCCACUGGUACUGAGCUACCCUUUCUACCCACCAACAUGCUACACCAAGGUACUGAGCAUGGCACGAGAUCUCACCCAGUGGGCUGCAGAUUUAAAGAGGGAUCCUGAAACUAGCUUCUGCAUGCAACACAUGCCACCUCUGUAUCUUGAUGUCCAUAAUGCUUGCGUGAUGUACAAAAUGAGAACCUACAUCUCCCUGGUGGAAGGCCUGCGUGAGCGCCGUUGCGCUUACACCAGAGAAGUGAGGAAGCUGGGUGUCACUCUGAGACAGCUCUUCAUCAUCAUGUCAGAGAAAUGUCAUGGGGACUUGGUGUUCACGAUCUAUGACUGUGCGGCACUGGAGCACUAA